UUAGUUACACGCUGGCAGUCGGCUGUGCGGUCGCGUUUAGCCGCGUUUUUUUAUCGCGUGUCCAACGAGGGUUGAAAAUCUUUGCGAAUUUGAAAAAUCGCAUUUCCUCUCCUCGGUCGAGUGAUCCGGAUUUCGAAGGUCGGUGCAUCCGGGGUGAUCCGCACUCCGCCCCGCCGUUCCAAGUUCAAGGAACCGUUGGCUCGCCGCCGUCGUCGGCGCGUCGGGAGGAGGCGGUGGGGAAUAAUCGCGUCGUCGAGGAGGGGCGGAAGUAAAAACUGAAACGCAACCGCUGUCAGUUACCUCGCGAUCGCGGUGCGGGUCGUGUUCGGUGCAGUUUCCAUCGAUGGGAGAUCGUCGCGGGUACAAUUCAGUGCGCCAGUGGCAGUGACGAGUUUGUAUUUUCCCGCCCCCGCCUGAGAAGCGACCCGAAGUGACGUUCGAACAUGUCGCUGUCCUCGGACAUGAGUUUGAUGGACCUCCUGUUCGACCGGGAGGAUCCGAUGCUGAAAGACGUUAAGCACGAGUCCGUUCUGAUGGACGACGAUUGUCGGGACGACGCUAUAGCGACAGAAGAAUGGCCGACGAAUCCGGACGAUUUCCUGGACUCGAUAUUCAAGCUGGACAACCAGUUCGAUCUGAUAGACAGUGACCUGGUUGCAAUUCCUUCCUCGUCAUCGGACAGCGGGCUUUCGAGUGCUUUAAGCUCGUGCGAACAGCAGCUGAGCCCGCUGCUGCCGAUUGAGGAAGAGCAGAUAGAAUUCAACUCCGACUUGAACAGCCCUCGGGAUUUCGUCGAAUUCGACCCGAUAGAAAGCCCGAAUCAAUCCCUUGAAUCAAGCCCCGAAAGUCCGAUCGACAGCCCGAUCAGAUCGGUGAUGAGCUCGAACCUCGGAUCGCCUGAGACGGACGCGACUGAGGGGAUGGACUUUGAACAAACCCUCGUGAACGUUGUCGAGCCGAACAACAUCGCCGACGGACAAUCCCGGGAGGCCUUCGUCGUUCAGCAACAGCAGCAACGGACCCUCAAUUUCAACGUCGUAGCGCAGCACCAGCCAGAAAUUCCACCGGAAGCGACGAUUAACCUGCGUAAUCUUCAGAGUAACAAACGUAAUAACAUUAGACAAUUGAUCCGGGUGACACCGGUCGGUUCGGGAAAUCCGAGAUCGAUUCUCCUUCCGGUAAGCCUGAAGGACAUGAAGGAAGUCCGGACGAUAAAGAUCAUAAACGCGACGCAGGCGAGGAAUCUUAAGGGCUUUAAGAUCAACCAGGGAAACGUGAUCAGCAAACCGUUGUCGGUGAGCAUCAAGCAGGACGAUUCCGGUAGCGAAAAGGGUGGAAUAUCGAGCGACGAAGUGAGCUCGGAACCGGAAACGUCGCCGUAUCCACGGCUGAAGCUGAACAGCGAGGAAAAGCGACUGCUCCAGAAGGAGGGAAUCACCCUGCCGACUCACUAUCCGCUCACCAAGCACGAGGAGCGCGAACUCAAGAGGAUCAGACGCAAGAUACGCAACAAGAUAUCCGCCCAGGACUCGCGCAAGAGGAAAAAGGAAUACGUCGACGGCCUCGAGGACCGCGUCAAGCAGUGCACCGAGGAAAACAUGACUCUCCUUAAACGCAUCAAGGCCCUCCAGAGCCAGAACCAGAGUCUCGCCGGGCAGCUAAAGAGGCUGCAAACCCUCAUACAGAACAGCAACAAAAGUGCACAGCCUGCGACUUGCCUGAUGGUUCUUCUGCUUUCUCUCGCCCUCGUCGCCGUGCCGAACCUUCGCCCGCACUCCAGCGCCAACAGCAACGAGCUGGCGCAGGAACAGGAGCAGUCGGAGAAAAUGCCACCGCUCGCAGGACGAUCGCGCAGCCUGCUUUACACGAAGCAGCUUCUGGGCGAAGACCUUCAGCUGCAGUGCGGCGAGGAGCUCCUCCAGGAAGUCGAGGGCCUUCUCGACCACGACUACAACAGUCCAGCUUUGGCGGUUCCGGCGCAAAAACGCCCCCGCCUGGACCCGGAUCCGGCGUCGAAGAUGACGUCGCCGUACGAAUACGUCGGCGGAACCCUGGGCCAAGGGUCGGGGGGCGACGUGAAGCCGGGACGAAGGUUCAUUGAACCUCCUCUCGACGACGUUUGGCCCCCGCCAAAACCGGGGGGCGAAGCGGCGACGAAGAUCGUCGACAAGCUCGAGGCGCUGACGAACGAGCUCAAAAUAAACAUCUCCGACGCUGACGGGACCAGAACGGUCCUACUAAAAGUUCCACAGGAACAAUGAAAGUUUUCGAGAGACGACGAUUGACCGAUACUUUUUUUUUUACACAUCAUUUUUCCUUUUCUCAUUAAAAACCUCAAAGGCACCGGAGCACAGAAUCGCCGCUUUUUCCCAUAUCACAUGGACUACGUAUACGGAAAGAAAAAAUAUAUAAUAUAACGUAGAGGAAAUGAUAAAGAGAAGUACGGAAGUGGUGAUUAUGAUCUUCGGUCUUCAUUUCUCAUCGGUCCGGAUACCGUUGGAAAUAUUUUUUCUCAUCGGUGAUCAUUUCAGUAAUUAUUAUACAUCGUAUGUGUAUAGGUAUACAAUAUGUAAUGUAUAUCACACUUCGCGUUCACCUACAUAUUCGGUUCAGAUUAUUUACGGACGUCAUUUUCUUAUCUACUUUUUUAUUGAGCUUUUUAGCCUCGUCGUGCUCUUAUUGUUGUUAUUAUUAUUAUCACCAUCAUCAUCGUAAUACAUGUAAGUAAAGGCUUGUCUGGGUUUAGGAAUUCAUGCACCGAUUCUGUAUUCUAUUUACACAGGGAGUCGCGCAGGCAUUUAUGCAACACAGGAUAUAAUAUUAUACACACACGUAAGAUUUAUGCGGGGAAAAAAGUGGAGAGGCAUGUGUCGAAAUUGUCUCGCAUCAAACGGUCGUUAUCACAGCAAUUUUAGUCCCAACAAUAAGUUUUAGAAUUUACUGCCGCAACUGUGCUGCAAUUAUUUCAUUCAUCGACUUUCAUUCUAUAUAGGUAUACAGAGUGAGUAGCUAACGGUCGAAUGAUCUAACGCGCAUGCGCUAAACUUCUAGAGAAAAUACAGUUGUUUUGUCAAGUUGGCCAACCGUCACAAGUUCAGUAGCCGCGAUGUAUGUAACCUCAAAAAUUUUGUCAGCAUCUGUAACAGAUGAAAGAUUCUGGCCGUUGGAACUAUUUUGGAAGAUUGCGAAUAUUCUUAUUUGUAAAAAUUAUUAAUCGAGGAAUGACCGAACUGCCACCAUUAGCUGUCAAAAUUUUUGAGGUUAUGUACAUCGCGGCUACUGAACUUGUGACGGUUGGCCAACUUGACAAAACAACUGCAUUUGCUUUAGAAUUUGAGCGCAUGCGAUAUGCAGAUAUUGAAUCAAUUUGUAGUUUACGGUUUCGGCACUGCGUCGCUACUAUCUAGUAGGGCUGAGUUACACAACCUCAAAUUUCGUUAUUAGGCUGUAGCGCGCUUGCGCCAACAGAGAGAAAUUUUUUCUAUCUCUGUCGCUCACAGGUGACACGGCUGACCCUACUAGAUUACAGCGACCCUUGCGGCCAAUCUAAGAAUUAUUGAAAGUGGACUCAAGAAGUGAGUCACCCCCACCACCAGAGUUUCCAGACCUGUAUGUAAGAACGUGCUUUCGACCGUUAGCUACUCAUUCUGUAUACCUAUACAUAUAUAUUGUAUAUUUUCUUUUUUGUCUGCAGUUUCUAAUUUUAUGAGAAGAAAAGCGUAAAUCGCGUAAAAACUGAUUUAUGGAACAUCGGUUGAGCAGCGUGAUUAUAAUAUUUAUGGAAUCGUUUCUUACCGAUUUGAGUGAAAGAAAAAGAUCAGAAGUAAAUUUUACAACGACGAGGAUGAAAGCGUAAAGUUUUGAAACAGUCCGAAAUCUAAGACGAUAUCGAAAUAUGUAUGAAUUAACAGAGAUCGGCCUUAGUUUUGAAAGGUACAGUGAUAUUUGGAUUAAAAAACGUGAAUGUUUUAUAAGAAGUUAAUCGUCGACGAAUUCUCUGUGUAAGAAUACAAUAUUUUUUUUCUUCGAGCGAAGAAUUAUUUUUUUCAUUUAAAAUAUAGUCAUUGUAAUUUUGUUUCUCUCUUUGUAAAUAUUCAGAUCAUAAAAGGUAGUGAAAUUAUAUCGAAGUACUCUAGUUUUAAGAUUAUUUUAAAUAUACGAAUUUUAUUUCGCGUGGUUACAAGAGUUUAUUUUCUUACUUUUUUUUUAUCGUUUGUUUGGACAAAGGGAAUAAUAAAUCAAUAAUUAUGACGCUACGAAAUCCGCCAGCGAUUUACCGACGACCUGACGAUAACGGUCGUUGGUGACGUUGAAAUUGUCUGUAUGAACAUAUUAUGGAUAUCUAAUAAUAAUGUAAUUAAUGUUAUUUUGCUAUGAUACAGCUAGAGCGAUGUGUAUUUUUACAUUAUAUUUAGACAUGUAUUCAAGACUGUUUCGAAACUUAUAUAUAUUUUGUUCACCGCACCUAUUCAAAAUGCAAAUUCACCAUUCAUUAGUUUUAUUAUUACUAUUAUUUGUAUUAUUAACUAACUGCCAAUGCGCGAGUUUAUCAUGUUUUAAUGCUAAUUUUACUUUAUACCUAAAUCGAAGCGUAUAUUAUAAAUACAUAUAUUACAAAAACAUAUAUGUAUAUAUAUAUAUAUAUAUAAAUCACAUGUUAUAAGUAUAUCUCUACGUUAUAUGCGACAUGCGUACAAUGUUACCGUUUUUGUUGUUGAUAGCGUCGUUCCUAUUUUCACCGUGCUUUUUGUUCUCAGACGUAAUGAUUUAAUGUUUAAUGACACUACACGGGAUAUUAUAGCGAAAAUAGCGAGCACGACGAGGGCAGAUAAAUUACGAACGAGAAACAACGUAGUGAAUACGAAUUGUAAAUAAAAUUAUUGAAAGCAGAAUAUAUUUAUUCACCGUUAAAUGGUACUUAUAAUGCGAAGCAAGUUUAUUCUACGGAACAGGACGUUAGUUCGAUUCGUGUAAACUAUCGUUAUACUUGCUUGGGCAAACGGUGAAAAACUUGAUAAGAUUUUUAAAGGAAAAAUAAGAAUAAACAAUGAGUAAAGAUUUAAAAAAAAAUAUAUCUUACUCAGAUCCGAGUGUUUUAACUAUAUCGUCUGUUGUAUUAACCCAAAUGUCUAUUGUAAGAUCAUCGUACAUUCCUACUUGUAAAAUUUCAACAAAAAUAGAUCAACGUUCUAUUUUUGCAUCUAUAAUGGCAGAGGGAUGUAGGUAGUACACUCUAAUUAGACGUAAGAUGCGUGUAGAAAUAUUAAUAAAUAAAUGAAUGAAUAAAUAAAAUUUACGCCACCGAAA